AUGCCCAUUCCUCUUCCCGAGUCUACACAGUUCGCCAUAGUUCUCGAGGCUGGUGCAGAGUGUCCAGAUCGGGAUGGUGAUGAGCAGCAGGAGGGUGUCGGAGGCACUAUGCGAGAAAGAAUGCAACGGUCCAAUGCGGUGGGCUUUGCUGGGCGGCCUUAUCGCGUCGGAAGUCGUCCAGGCCAGUCCACGACAUGGAUGGACAUGGGCUGGCCACUAACAUCCCGGAGUGGUGUGACGGAGGUGGCUGGCCUGAGUGACUCGUGCAUGCUGGUGGGUGGGUGGAUGGUCGAUGGCCAGAAGCAUCGCGCCGGGAUGGGCGAUGGUGGUGGUGUCGAUGCGAGUCGCCUCGUCCACGCGUUUGCCUCCCGCCGUGAACGCUGA